AUGCCAGAUGGCGGUCAUGGCAGCAUAAGCCACAUUUUUACUAUCAGGAUUCAUCAAUUUAACAAGGAUACCACAGUUGCCCACUGCCACUCCACCCUCCUUAAUCUUGGCGGCAAGGUGGUUCCUCAAAUCGCUGUGCAAUAUGUAUCCAUGGCCUGCGAUGUCUCUUCUGAUGUAAAUUCUACCUUUCAUUAUCGAAUGUUUUCCACCAAUAUCCUUUACCACACUCUCUCGCUAGGGCUCCCACUGGUGGCCGUGCCUAGGCUGGGUCUUCCACAAGUGGCUUCAGAGGAACCUAGUCUACGCAGGUGCCCGCCCGUCUUGGCUGCCCACUCGUGCCAACCAGACGCUCCAAUAUAUCUUCUGAGCACAUCUUCCUUACUAACAUUCAAUACUUUACACAUUCAACACACUUCAGAGCACUUACUUGAUACUGAAUACUUCUUCCCAUUCUUAGCAACCUCUCCCUCCACUGCGCACAAGCGCCCUCCCUUCACCAUGCUUGAGAAACGUAGUGGUUCCUCGGAGAUCAUUAAGGCAACUGGAUUCUGCUUUUCGAUGCUGAAAUUACUCGUCAGACAGCUUGGUUUCAAGUAUCGGCUAGUAGAAGUUCCUGAUGGUAGUUUUGGUGUCGAGGACGAAAACGGGAACUGGAAUGGAAUGGUCGGAAUGGAGGCCGACGGCGCCAUCGGGAGCUUCACCGUGAGCCAUUCGCGCUCCACCGCCGUCGAUUUCACGGCGCCCUUCUUCGAGGAACCAACAGGAAUCCUCCUGCCGAAGCCCACCAGCGGGUCCAAGAUGACGGCUUUCCUCGCGCCAUUCUCCUGGCAGGUGUGGUUAGUGACAGCCGUGUUAGUAGUGGUGGUAGGAACUCUCCUCUCGCUGUUAUCGGCUCACUUCCCUCUCCUUUAUCCUCACCGGGGGAAGUUACCUGGUAGCCCCAUUCAGUACAUCACUUACACUGCCAAGGCGUUGCUCAGCCAGAGCAAUACCAUGCGGCAGACAAACGCUUCACGGGUUCUGCACAGCUUCUGGUGGCUUCUCGUCCUCACUCUCAUUUACUCAUACUCAGGGACCCUCAUCGCCUCCCUCACUGCUCCUAAACUUGUCAAGAUUGCCGAUUCGCUGGAAGACCUGGUGAACCAACGGGAAAUUCCGUGGACAGUUAAGCGAGGAUCCGUACACGAGACUUUGUUCGUGGGGGCACAGACGGGAACUUAUGGGAAAGUCGGCGAUUUGUUUCGACGUCAGCCCAGCAUUAUGGCUUCCUCUAAUGAUGGCGGCGUGGAUAUGGUCCGCACCGGGGAUCAUGCGUUUAUCAAGGAUAUGUCGUUCCUGAAGGUCGCAAUUGCCACGGACUACAAGAAGUGCCAUUGCUGUGAGUUUUCCUUGGCGAGAGAGACUUUCUUCAAGUCAUAUUUCGCUUGGAUUAUGAAGAAGGGGUCGGUUUACACACAGGUCAUCAAUUCGAGAUUUUUGCAGUAUGAACAAACUGGAUUCUUUGCGAAGUGGCAGCAAGAUUUUUUCCCUCAAGACAACGAGUGUACUCGUCCGAGUCCAAGAGGUCCGCGUAGUCUGGGUCUCGAAGAUCUAGUGGGAUGUUUCACACUCCUCGGGACUCUUUUAGCAUUAGCAUCCGUAGUCUUCGCUGUGGAACUCCUGGUAAACAACUCCACCUUGGUCUCCUUGCUUCCUUUGACCCUCUUGCUAAAUCCAACCCUGAGACGUCCGUGUUCACUGGAAGAAGAAAAGAGAAGAGGUGUCUCACAAAAACACCGUGUAAAUUCACUGAUUCGAGUGAAAAGAAAGUAAAUGUAUAGGCAAAUGAUUCAGAAAACCAUAUUUUUUCCCGUUUCUUUUAUCGAUAUCGCUUUUGUGAUAAAACACCUAAUUGAAUUAGUAAUUUGAGAUAUAGAAGAACGCUGUAGAUAGAAUUUAAGUUGCAACAUUGACAAACGUAGGUUUAUAUGCAAGUUGUGAUUAAUUCUUAGGUUUUACAGUGUUAAAACAACCUAGGGAUUUUAUCAUCUCCGUGUUUUUAUUUAUUAUUUUUUUCUUUAUCAUUCCGUCCCUAGUAUCAUCACCCUUUGAUAAGAUGUACAAAAGACUGACACCCACAUAUUAAUGGACAGUCUUCGAAUGAAUACCUAGAUUAUGGAACCAUCUUUUUCUCAAGGCUUACCUGAAUGUUAUUUCUAUACAAUAACUUAGAUAGAUUUUUAAAAGCUGUAAUUUUCUCUCAACUGUAUAAUAAAAUUUGAUUUUCUUCUUGUAAUGACGAUAUUGUACAUCUGAGAAAUGUAUUUUCAUUGCAUACAAAGGUUGAUUCUGAAAUAUCAUAUAUACUUUUUUUUAUUAUAUUACAUCUACGACAUGAAUGAUAAUUACAGAAGUGAUUGCAAUGGUAAUAACGCUAAU